AUGACAACUGGAAGAAUUCCAACUGCUUCAAACAAGAUGUGCUUCGAGAGACCAUUAAGAACAAUGACAUUCUUGUAUGAAAAGAAAGUCGUUUCCAAACUUCACUCACAAUAUAUCACCAUAGAUCAAUUCAAACAGGCAAUGUCUCAGUUCAUGUCAGUUAAUUGGUUCGGGGAACAAAAAUAUUUAGAAGAAGCCCUUUUGGUCUGGACCUGA